AUGGACACCAUUCGUCUCACUCUCUUCUUCUUCCGUAACAACCACUCAGCGUUUCAAACCGUCCACAUCCCUGUCGAUAUCUUAGAUCUGCCCAAAGGCCAAGAUGCCGCUGUAGUCGAUCGCACUAUUCCACGCUCUAGAAUUCGAGGCCCACUUGAACUCAACGUAAAAAGUGUCAAGGCUGCAAGCCAAUCUCUCAGCUUAUCAGUAAUUAAUAUUGACUAUAACCCGGAUGAGGAGGAGUGCUACCUUGCCUUCACACGCUCGGAUAUUCAACCGCCCGGGAGUCAGAACAGCCUCGAAUUACAGACGGGUCGGCCACAAGUAACACCCUGGUGGGAAUCGAAUUCGGGUUUAUGGACGCCAAGUCUAGGUCGACCACCCGCUAGUGGACCUGCGAUUGGUGCAAGUCGAAGAUGGCCAAUCUUUGGACAUAUUGUUACAGCCGCCUUCAAUCGGACAGCUGUUGAUCACUUUGAGCAUGAGUGUCGGGAGGCCCUCUUGAAGGGAUAUAGGUUAGACCAUUAA